AUGAAGAUCACAGACAAGCUCUCCUCAUGGCCUCCAGACAAGCCCUUCUACACAUUCGAGUACUUCCCGCCAAAGACAGACUCGGGCAUGUCCAACUUGCAAUUCAGACUCGAUCGGAUGGCCUCUCUCCGACCUGCUUGGGUCCACAUCACCUGGGGGGCAGGGGGUUCGACACAAGAGCGUUCGCUUCAGCUGGCUGAAUACGCCCAAUCGAUGGGAUUGGACGUCUGCCUCCAUCUCACGUGCACCAACAUGAAAAAGUCAACGUUGGACGACACAUUGCUGCGAGCGAGCAGAGUCGGGAUCGCCAAUAUCCUGGCUCUCAGGGGAGAUCCACCGAGGGGAGAAGAGUACAGCAUCCCCGAUCAGGCGUCCGACUUUCGACACGCCAUCGACCUCGUGCGCUACAUCCGUCGCGAGUAUCCCGAUCAGUUUUGCAUUGGCGUUGCAGGCUACCCAGAGGGGCAUUCGGACAGCGAAGGAAAGCAAGAUGACGUGGCGAUACUGAAGAUGAAGCAGGAGGCGGGUGCACACUUUAUCGUGACCCAGCUGUUCUACGACGUCGAUAUCUUCUUACAAUGGCACGACACCUGUCGAUCCCAGGGUAUCACCAUGCCCAUCCUGCCGGGCAUCAUGCCUAUCCAAAACUACCAAUCGUUCAGGCGAAUGACCAAUUUGUGUAAAACAUCUCUGCCGACGUCGCUACUCAAGCAUCUCGAGCCGAUACGUAACGACGACGCUGCCGUCAAAGAGUACGGCGUCAACCUCUCCGUGGACAUCAUCCAGAAGCUGUACGAAGCGGGCAUAAGAGGAUUCCACCUCUGCACGCUCAAUCUAGAGAAAAGUCCCCGUCAGAUUCUAGCGAGGCUAGGCUGGAUCUCAGACGAGGAGAGGACACAAGACGAGCACCUGCCCCUUGGCCCAGCGAUACCUGCCUCGGGCGCAGCGCCUCCCGGUCCGGCAACGCUCCGUGUGGCCGCCCUCAGAGGCGACGCAAACGCUUCUCGUACCUCUACACCUACAAGCUGGGACGAGUUCCCCAACGGUCGCUUCGGUGAUGCUCGCUCGCCGGCCUAUGGUGAUCUAGACGGCUGGGGUGUCUCGCUAAAGCUACCACCAGCAGAAGCGCUUCGGCAUUGGGGCUACCCAGAAAGGGAAGAGGACAUCUCGACCAUCUUUGCAAGAUACAUCAGAGGCACUCUGCCUGCGAUACCCUGGAGCGAAGAACCUCUCAUGUCAGAAACAGCGAGCAUCAUCGAGCAACUCAUCCAGCUCAACACGACCAAACACUGGUGGACAGUAGGAUCCCAGCCUUGCGUUGACGGCAUCCCUUCGCAAGAUCAGACGUACGGCUUCGGUCCAAAGGGCGGCUACAUCUACCAAAAGGCUUUCGUCGAGUUCUUUGCACGAGAGAGUGACGUCGACUCGAUUGCGAACCGGAUUGCAGCUCUGGGCACCAAAAAGAUGACAUACUAUGCCUCGAAUAGACAGGGCGAUCUGAGGACGAAUAUGGCGCCCGGAGAUGCAAAUGCUGUGACCUGGGGCGUCUUUGCCGGCAAGGAGAUUGUGACGCCCACGCUCAUAGAGGAAGAGUCUUUCAAGGCAUGGAAGACGGAAGCAUUCGAUAUCUGGUCAGAAUGGCAGCAUCUCUACCCGUUCAAGUCAAAUUCGAGGUCAUUCCUGGAGCAGCUCACGGAGCAAAGGUGGCUCGUCAGUAUAGUCCAUCAUGACUACAAGGACACAAAUGGACUCUGGUCUUUCUUGCUCGAUGCUGAUGAUCAUGUAACGAAUGCAAAAGGGACCGUGUGA